AUGAGCGGCGGCGGCGGCGGCGGCGGCGGCCGCAUCCCCAUCCCCGCCUACAUGUGCUGGCCGCCGUCCGGUGCGCUGAGCACGGAUGACACAGCGCCCGCAUUGAUGCGACACGGGCUGGAUCCGCGGACGCUGGAUGUCUACGAGGACACGGUGCUCGACUUCAUCUACGGCUUCCUCCCCAAGCCCUCGGUCUCUGUUGCCGCCACCCUAUCCUGCGCCGCCGCCGAGGAAGGCGAUGGAGUCGACAGCAUCAGCGGCCUCCCCGACGACCUCCUCCGCCGCGUCCUCGCCUGCCUCCCCGCUAAGGACGGCGCCCGCACCGCCGUGCUCUCCACGCGCUGGCGCGGCCUCUGGUGCUCGGCGCCCCUCGUCCUCGUCGACACCCAUUUCCUCCCCCGCGGCGGCGCAGAGGGCCGGCCCCCGAGCCCUGGCGCCGUCUCGCGCGCCGUUCGCCGCGCCGUUUCCGACGCCCUCCUCGCGCACCCUGGACCGUUCCCCUUCGUCAGCCUCUCUUGCCAGUUCAUGGGAGCCAUCGAUGCAGACCGCGCCGUGCUCGCUCGCUGGUUCCAGCUCCUCGCCACCAAGGGCGUCGAGGAGCUCGCCUUUGUCAACCGCCCCUCUCCCCUCGUUGACCUGCGUAUCCCCGCCGCGCUCUUCAGCUGUGCCUCCCUCCGCCGCCUGUACCUUGGUGCAUGGAGGUUCGUCGACACAGCCAAUCUCCCACAUGGCGCCUCCUUCCCCAGUCUGCAGGAGCUCGUCCUAGGUGCCGUCACACUGGAGGACCGCGAUCUCGACUUUCUGCUCUCCGCGAGUCCGGUGCUUGAGAUCCUGGCCUUUAUUGGAAGUGGAAGUGUGAAGGAUUUAAGUGUCGUGUCGGUAGUGGACGCCCCAUGUCUGGAGCGGCUCUUCAUCUGGAGGUGCCCAAGCUCAAGCGUGAGAGUCAAGAUUGACCAUGCUCCUCAGUUGAGAAUGCUGGGUUACCUGGAGCCAGGAGUGCACGUACUAGAGAUUGGCAACACCGUUAUCAAGUCAAGAACAAAGCCAAGUCCUAAAACGGCUGUUCCAAGCGUGCGGAUGUUGGCACUGCACCUGCAGUUCAGAAUUCACAAUGAGCUCAAGAUGCUGCCAAGUUUUCUGAGAUGUUUUCCCAAUGUUGAAACACUGUGUAUCCAGUCGGAAAAACCUGCUGAGCCCACUGGUUGCCUGAACGUCAAGUUUUGGGAAGAAGCUGGUCCCAUCAAGUGUGUCCAGUCACGCCUCAAGAGACUGAUGCUCCGGGAGUUUCAUGGGGAUGACAAUGAGUUUGCUUUCCUUAUGUAUAUUGCUGAAAAUGCCAAGGUAUUGGAGUCAAUGGUUCUUGUGAUGGGACUCCGAAGGCACUCUGAACCAGAAGAACUGGCAGCCAAAAUGAAAGCCCUAGAUAAUGCAAGAUGGGCAUGCGGAAGCAGCAAACUCGGGUAUAUGAUUUCCUGGCUCGGUGAACAGGAAGGCCGUGUUUGGAAUUUCACAGUGGCAUCUGACUUCAUGUGCAAUGAUCCGUUCUUCUGUGGAGUUUAG